AAAGUUGUGAAAAUUUGAUUUAAAUUAUUCGUGAUAAUAUAAUGCCUUCUAAAUGUUCCGUGGCUGGCUGUUCUGUAUAUGGAAAAGAUGCAAGCUACAAGCUAUUCAGAGUUCCAGCUGUUACCAGCCGAUCGGCUGGAGAAGAAAAGCAGUAUCAGCAACUUCGACGCUUGCGGUGGCUCAAAAAUUGCAAUUUCCAUCUAACGUCGUCGACAUUAUUGGUGUGUGGUCGACAUUUUUAUUCAAAAAAACCAGCUGAUUUUCAAGAAACGAAAAAUAUCGACUGGGUGCCAACAUUAAAUCUUCCCGGAGCAAGCAAAAAUCAUGUUCCGGAUGUUGCGUAUACACAAAAUCAAGAAAUGGUUAUUUCGUGUGCGGUAAAAACAUGCCGGAACCACAACAAAAAUUGUGACCUGAGCUUCUACACCUUCCCGUUGCCACGGAAGUACAGUACCAAGGAACAUGAGAAGCUCUUGGCUAUGCGAUUGGCUAUGUGGCGGAAAGCCUCCGGCUACACGAAACCAGUAAAUAGGAGUGUACGAAUCUGUGGCAAACAUUUCGUUGGCGGUAAACCUACGAAUUUCGAUGAACCGGCUAACGUUGAUUGGGUACCAUCGCUCCAUCUGCCGGAGCAGCCUCCUUCAGCGGUACAGGGUGCGGAGGUGGAAGCAGCUGGAGAGAUCAGCAGGCCCGAGCAGGAGAAGCAUCCGCAGACGAUUUGUAGUAUGAAAUAUUGCAGGAGCAACGACCGUCCAAGUUGGAAAACGAAGAUUUUUCCUUUUCCGAUGCUGGAUACAACCAACUACGUGCGCCGGGUGCUUUCUGAGAAACGACUUCUGAUAUGGCUUCAAUUGUUGGAUCAAUCUACUAGCUGGGAUAAGGUUGACAUAUGCAAGUUGCAGCUGUGCAGCUUACAUUUUGCAACAGGCACCAUGGCAGAAUUGACUGAUGUUGAAAAUGUCGAUUGGAUUCCAACUGUCAACAUGACUAAAAGGGUCUGUUUCGCUGAUCAUGUCGCUCAUUUCGAUCUAUACAAUUUAAUUUCGUUGGUGAAUGACUCGCGAAUGACACAGAAUUGCAUGACAAUCGACGAUUUCAGCUUACCACAAGCAAGUGCUGCAGAAAAUGCCAAAUUAGCUGAAAAGGCAGCAGAACCGGUAACAUUUCCCGGCAGACCUAAGGUUUUUGUAGGCCUCAAGUGCAUUCUUUGCUUGGCGACUGCAAUGCUGAAACCAUUGAAACCGGAACACCGUCAAGCAAUUGAAAUUCUCUUCAAAGAUAAACUACGUGUAGAAAGUGAACUGAUUUGUGCUAACUGUAGCAAAUCCGUAUGCGAUUUUUUUACUUUCUAUAAAACUAUCUUAAACAAUCAGGAAAAAGCGACAGUGCGGAAAUUGAAAAACGUGUUUCCCGUUCCGCAAAAUUUCCAAAAACGGUUAGCACCAGCGCCACUAACAUCAGCACCGGUUGAGAAAAAAAUGAGAUCAGCUGAUGAGAAGGGUGUGAAAUUGUUCGAACUGUUGACUACGAACGAGUUUCAAUGCAAACUAUGCAAAAUUACGCUAGCCACUAGGUCAGUCCUAAAUGAUCACCUAUUUCUCGCACAUAAGGUGAAGAUCAGUUGCAAGCUCUGCAAAAAGAGUUUUUCGCCUGAGGGAUAUACGAAACACAAGGCAGAAUGUUUAGCAAAAAUCAAAGCAAGAAGACAAGCCAAUAAAGUGGCCACCGACGGGGCAGUACCUUCCAAUGCGAAUGUGACCACACCCAAGCAGGUGACUCCUCCACCAUCUAAUAAAAAACAUUCUUGCUACAUUUGCAAAGAAUUUUAUACACCUGGGGAAAUGAUAGCUCAUGUUAAGACGCAUGGAAUUGACACCGGAAUCAAACAGGACGUUAUGAAAGAUUACGAAAUAUGCAGACUGUGCCAAAAGGCUAUUCAAAAAAAAAAUAUGGAAAGACACAUGGAAGCACACGAAAGUCAACGGAACCAAUUAAAGAAGCUCAUACAAGAGCAGCAAGAAAAGCAGAGAUUCCAAUGCUCUGAAUGUCUCCUGGAAUUUAGAACGAUAGCUCAAAUGGAAAAACAUAAAACUAAGCACAAGCUUGUAAACCAGGAUGAUAGGAUCGAGUGUCCGGACUGUGGCCGAGUCAUGACAGCCAAGUACUUCAAAUUCCACGUUCAGUUGGUGCACGACAAUGAUCUGCUACCAUGUGAAAAAUGUGGCAAACAGUUUAGCAGGGCUGCUCUCAAAAAACAUCGAUCAACUACCUGUGGAGAUGAUGGCAUGGUCACGUGCGAACAUUGUGGAAAAACAAUGAGGGAAUAUUUGCUAAAGGGCCACGUUUCCAAGGUUCAUUCGACUACGACGGUUAAAUGCAGUUUCUGCUCGAAAGAAUUCGAUAGCAAAGAAUAUGCCAGCUCUCAUGAACGGUGGUCACAUCGAGAAGAAUGGGACAAGAGGAAACGGGAAGGCGUUAAGCGGUUGGAUCUCGAUCGCGAGCAGCUUGAAGAGGCACUUGGUAUCAAAACGAAUCCCAAUGAAGAUGAAGACUCAAGCACAUGUCCGGUGUGUUUCAACUUUCAUGGUACAAAGUCAGGCGUCGAACAACACGUAAAGAAGGCACAUUACACAGAAUACAUGUCUAUGGUCAUGGGCGGUAUCAUUGUGAGCAGUGGGGAGGACGCGUUGGAAGAUUUCAACCCAGAAGAAUACAUCAGCGAAGUGUUGCAACCGGAUGAGGAUAUCGAUGCAAUGUAGG